GGACGGCAGAAAAUUUCCGUUGCUUGUGCACAGGCGAGAGAGGAGUUGGGAAGAUCACCAAAAGGCCAUUGGCGUACAAGGGGUCCAUUUUUCAUCGGGUUAUACCCCGAUUUAUGGCCCAGGGCGGGGACUUCUCGAACAAGGAUGGAAUCUUUUGUUCAUGGGCGUUCUUGUAUCGUCGAAUUUUGCUGCAGUGUGACGUACUUCAUCAGCUUGCACGCACCACUGACAUGCCGUGAUAUUGUCGGAACUGUCAGGGACGGGAGGAGAGAGCAUCUAUGGCGGCAAGUUUGAAGACGAGAAUUUCAAGCAGCUUCACAGCGGAGCGGGGAUUUUAUCGAUGGCGAACUCUGGUCCCAACACAAACGGUUCGCAAUUUUUCAUCACAUUCAAGGCAACACCGCACCUGGAUGGGAAGCAUGUUGUGUUUGGAAAAGUGUUGGAGGGUAUGGACGUCCUGAAAACGAUCGAGAAGCAAGAUACGGGAUUCAGAGAUAAGCCGUCGACCCCGAUCGUCAUUGCAGAUUGCGGUGAACUGCUUCCCCCUAAAGAGGUCACAAAAGACAAAGACAACGGCGCCGCUAAGGCUGUGAAAGCCUCAGAAUCCGAAGACUCGAGUGACAAUGAAAGGAGGAAGAAGAAAAGGAAGUCGUCGUCGAAGAAGGAUAAAAGGCGGGACAGAAGGAGGAAGAGCAAGGAAAAGACGAAGAAGAAAGAUAAAAAAAGCAGCAAGCGCUCAAAGCGAAGGAAGGCCAAAUGGAGCUCUGAAAGUGAGGACAGCUCCAGUGAGAGUAGUGAGAAAGACUCGGAAUCUAGCAGCUAUGACGACUCGUCAGACGCGAGCAGUGAUGAAGAUUCUCCACCCCCAUCCAGGAAAGUGAGGAGAUCGAAGGGGAAGAAGAAGAGCCCAGACGAGAAAAGGCGAAAGACAAGGAAACCUGCAGAUGAGGAUAUGAUUAUCAGCAGUGUGGAGAAGGAACCAAAGAAAGCAAAAGCAGUUGACGCUGGCGAUGGCCAUCGAGUGAAGGCUCCUCCUCCUAAGGUGAAAAGUCCCUCUCCAUCCAAGAGCCGGAGUGUGAGCCGUAGUCCCAGCCCAAUGGUGAGCAGGAGCCCCAGUCUACCUGCAAGCCAAAGGCCAAGCCCCGUCCGCCGCAGGUCUCCUCUACGUGAACCACCACCAAGUCCUCCAGUUGAAAGAAGUCGGAGCAUCAGUCCAAGCCCAAGCAGGAGCAAGAGCAAGAGCAAGAGCAAGAGCAAGAGCAAAAGCAAGAGCAAGAGCAGGAGUCCAGCAAGAGGGCAGAGCAGGAGCGCUUCACCACAGCGGGUGAGGAAGGGGCGUGGUUUCAGUGAGAGGUAUUCGUAUGUGAGAAGGUAUCGUACCCCGCCGCCUCCGAGGGGAUUCAGGUAUGGGAGCGGAGGGGUUGCGGAACCUGAACCGAGGUAUCGGGACCGAGGAAGAUAUAGUUCAGGCAUGGGUGGAGGUGGCUAUGGGUACGGUGGAUACAACAGGUACCGAGGACGGAGCCCCGUGCGGCAGCGGUACAGGAGCCCUCCCCGAGGCAGGAGUCCCGUCAGGCGGCGGAGCCCGGGCUGGAGAAGCCCGCCAUGGCACAGGAAUAGAAGCCGCAGUCGCAGCCGGAGCAGGACAAGAAGCAGAAGCCCUCGGAGGGGAAGAGGUUAUUACCGCGACCAUAGCAGGAGCCGCAGUGCAAGUCCUGGCCGAGGCAGAAACUGGCGCUCAAGGAGCAGGAGUCCGAGUAAGGAUCAGAUGCGUGGUCGUGGGGGCAGUGGCAGUGGACGUCCAUCUCCCUCAGCACCCACUGCUCGUUCUCUGGCUUCAGAAGGGACUCGAGGUCGACCGAGCUCUCGCGCACGUGAAAGCGAGGUCAAUCCUGACAGGGGUACAAUGCAAGCAAGAGGCAAGGGGGAGAGGAAUGGGCAGUCUGCGGAGGGUGAGGGGGCAAUGGAACGAAAACGAACACGACGUGGUCGAGGGAAAUCGCCGUCGACGUCCAGGAGUCCGUCAAUCUCUCCAGGUAGGUCCCGCUCCGCUUCCCCAUCUGAACUCCCUGCUGGUCGUCAGAGGCUCGUUAACUAUGGGGACGCCAGUCCACGCUCCCCUGAGACUUCAAAGGCUAAGGGACAGCCUCGGCGAGGUAAGAGGUCAGCAUCUACCGAUUCCAAAUCUGAGUCUUCUCCUUCCCAUGCUUCUGACUAGGAGGUACUGUCAGCACUUGGUGUAUGCGUGUAUGGUGCCUGUAUAGAGUGGUCGCUUUUGUGGGACUUGCAGUUGUGGGACCAAUUGAGGAGGGUGCUGGAGGAUCGAGGAAAAAGUAGAGCAUUUUCUUUGAAUUGUCUUUGUGGUAGUGCUUUCCAUUUUGCCUCCAAUCACUUCCUCCUCCUCUCAAUCGAUCCGUGCUCAUGGUACGGGUAACUGUGGACUACACUUGAAUCUUAAGAUGUCAGUCAGUGAAACUUGGUGGCCUGUCAUCUAGCUUCAGCCUCCCUUGGAAGCUUCAUGUUGUUCGGUGCAAGGUCUUUUGUAAUGUGUGUGCCGAACCGAGUUUAUGUCCAUUUGAACCGGAGAGACAGAGGGCCUCUCCUACAUCUGCAGUACUUUUGUGGCACUUUUGUGGCAGGACAGGGGAUGGAUAGGGUUAUCAUGGCAGUGCAUAGGUUUUUUUUUUUUCUUUUUCCUUAGUAUAGGUUUUAUGAGGACAGCAUAUUGGAGUUUUCAUGUGGCAAAGGAAAGGGGUUGGUGGGUGGAAGUGGAAAGAGUCCGAAAGACUUAGGCCAGUGCUCUUGUUGGGGGUAUCCAUAAUGCUGUAAAAUAUUGUGUUUCUUUGGACUCUCUGCUUCGUCAAUCCCCCCCUGUCCUCCGUGUACCCCACAAGCUCGCUUGCACACCGCCAAAUUUCUUUCACCCCGCGCAAGUUUUCUCACUCACGUAGUUCGAGUUCUGUCGCACACCAUCAAAUUUCUUCGAUCUCCCUCAUUCUCCCCUCCUAUAUGGCAAGUUUUCUCGCACGCGCCCAAAAUUUCAUCGACCUCUUGCAUCCGUGUUAGGGUAAAAAUGUGAGCCGAACUAACUACUCUAUGCAGAAAACGUUUCUGCUUGGGUGGCUGCAUGGGGGUGUGAGUGGCUACGCGGAGAUGUAAAUAUGCUGCGACAUUGAUUUUGUCCUUUUGUUCUUGAAUCGGUCUGGCAAUGAAAUGCAGAAAUCAACUGGAAGGGGAUUCUGAAACCUCAGGUAGAAAGGUAAGGUGUCGGGCAAAGAACCACAAGGAGGGAGGAAGUAGUCUGUCGAACUCUGUUCGUCUUGGCUGAUUUCUACCCCGCAAGGUCCUGACAAAAGGUACGGAGAAGCAACCCCUAGAGAAAAUUGAGGGUCAGAGACGAAAUGCUACAGCCUAAUUACUGGACAGUGAGCGAAACUUUUUGUCGAGUUUAGGUUCCGGUCUUAUCGGUCCUAUAUUGUGCAUUAGAACGGCCAUCGCUACAACCUGAUUGAUCUCUGGAAAUAUAAACAAAGCGGUGGUGCUGCCUGCUACUUAUCAUCGGUUUGAUUGGUCUCUGGAAAUAUAAACAAAGCGGUGGUGCUGGC